AUGGAUCAUAACGAAGGGGGAUAUUCCCAUCACUAAAUUGAAGGUCAAGAAGGAUAAUAGCAACAAGCUCCAGUUGGAGGAGGUGGAGAAGAUAUAUUUUAAGUCUUAGAAAAUAUCACAUAGGUUUAGAAUGAAAAAUUAAAAAGAUGUCAAGAGUUUAAAGAAUAAGAAAAUAUCCCUCGUCAAUAUAUAGAAAAUUCACCUAAAGAGGAAUUAGUGCUUGAGCAUGUUAUUUAGUUUAAGAGAUAGUUUUAAUACCAGCUUUACUAUGAAGACAAGCGCGAUCUUUUUUUAUAUCCAAAAAAUGAAUGUGAUGUUUAUAAAUUUAUUUGCACAACAAUCCGUCCCACAAAAUUAGGUUUCUUAGAGCUUUACGAUUAUUAAUAAUGUUCAAAGUAUCUCUCUGAAUUUGUUUAAUAUGAAGAAUUAGAUCCUCCUAAUGAAUUUCCAUUAGUAAUUCCUUCUCCUACAAAUGUUGCUGUUUGGCAAAAAGGUGAUUGCUUCGAUAUGAGUAUUCUCUUAUGCAGUUUAUUGAUUGGUGUAGGAUAUGAUGCAUAUUGUGUCUAUGGAAAAGCUCCAAGAGAAAUUACUACACGCAAUGAAUCCCUCAUGGAAUGUUUAUUUUUAGAAAAAGGAAAAUACAUUGAAGAAAAUGAUAAAAAACCAAAGUAAACUUUAGAAUAAAAUGAAAAUGCUCUACUUAAAAAACCAAUUGCCCACUCAAAAUGGGAUCAAACUCAAGAAACAAAAGCAAGGGAAGCAGAAGAAGAAAAAAGAAGAAUUGCUCUCACUAUAAAUGAUGACGAACCUGAUGAAUUAUUAGAAGAUCCUUACUAAGGCUAAAGAGUUCACUGUUGGGUGUUGUUAAGAAGUGGCAAAAGAGAUGUCUAACAAAAUAUAUUUAUAGAACCAUCUACAGGUAGAAUGUACAGUCCUAGCACUUGUCCAUAUGAGUGUGUUGAUGCUGUUUUUAACAAUCUUAAUUUUUGGAUUAAUAUGAAGCCAGAGUGUGAAGUAAAAAAUUUAAAUUUUGAAGAAAUGGAUUCUUCAUUGAAUUGGGAAUAUGUUAUGCUUGACACUCUCCUCUUCAACAAAGGAAAUGGAAAUGAUGAAGAAGGAAAUGAAAAUAUAGAUGAUCCUCUUAAUAAACAAGCCUAAAGAGAUCCUGAAUAAGAAUAACUUUAAGAUAUUGCCUAGCUCCUAGAUAUGCCUCCACCAUGGCCCCCAAAAAUAUACAUAGAUAAAGAAAAGUUUUUAAUGGGAACUCCUUUGGGUGAAGGUACUGUAUAUUAUAAUAAAGUAAAAGUUGAUAACUACGCCCCUUAUUCACAACCUGAUGGAUUAGUUUAAAAAAUAACAAUAUUUUAAGACUAUAAAAGACUUAAAGUGAAAGAAUAUAGAUAUUUUUAUAAACAUAGAAGUGAUAAGCUUUCUAUCCGCAGAAGAUAUCCCUUUGAAUUUAAAACAAUAGAAGAGUAUGAGCCUUAAAAGUAUGAAAAUAAAACAAUCCCUCAAGCUCUGCAAUAAUGGAGAUAAGUUAUUUAGAUUGAUAGACAUUUAAGAAUCAUAAAAUAUUAUCAUAAUCGUAACCAUGAUGGCUUAAUAGAAAGAGUUGAGCAAAUAGGAGAAAAGACUAUGAUGUUUUACCAAAAUCGUGAUGACAGGGUUAUUUAUCGCUCAAUAAGAUUUGACAAUAAAAGAGCUCCAAGCAGCCAAAAUAAUGAUAAAGUAUUUUAAGACAAUCAUGUAGGUGAUGUUUAGAUUACAAAAAUGACAUAGAAAUUUGAAAAAAAUCCUCAUUACCCUGCUAAUGAAUAGAUUCAAAAAAUGGUUAUUGAUUUAAUUAAAGAUAAGGUUAUUGUCUACUAUCAUAUGAAUGAUGGUGAGAUAACACCUAUUGUAAAAAUAUAUCCUCGUGAUAGUAUGCAUGGUUUUGCUAAAUUAAAUGAACCUGGUGGUGAUAAUAAAAUAGAUGAUCCCCUUGUUUAACUAGAAAACACUAAGAUGGUCAACUUAGAAAAAGAUUGCCUUAAUUAACUUAAGUAGCAAGAAAAGAUAGCUCGCGAUGAUGAAAAGACAAUUAGAGAAGGAGAAAUAAGAUUAGAAAAGACCUUGUAUGAUAAGGCAAGAGAUAGAUUCAAAGAAUCUUCAAAGAAAAACGACGACGAUUUAGCAAAAGAUGCAGCUGCAAGCGAUUAUUUGUAUCCCUACUUAGAAAAAAGAAAGCUAUUAGGAGUUUCAGAAAUUAAUGCUCAAGUAGCAAUGGAAAUCAAAAACGAAGUUAUGUAAAAGUUAAAAGAAAGACUACUCUCAAGAGCAGAAAUCAUCUAAAGACGUUUGGAGGAACAAAGAUAGGUCUUAGAGCAAAAAGAAGCUCAAGUUGCUAAAAGACAAGAAAUAGAUCCCAAAUAGGAAGAAGAAAUCAGAGAUAUCAACUUUAAGAUAGAUAUUUUGGAAUAACGUGCCCUUAGAUUCGAAUCUAUGGCCUUAUAAAAGUACGAAGAAAUGGAUAAUAGACUAAACAAAGAUGCUCGUUUAGCAGCCUUACAUAGAAAGUGA